AUGGCCGGCGCCGGCGCUGAGGGCUGCAGGCCCGGGCUCAGCUUCCGCUGCGCCCUGCUGGCGGCCUGCGCGCGCAAGAGCCGCUGGCGGGAGGCUUUGGAUCGCCUCGGGCACCUCCACGAGCCGCUGCUGCUCAAUGCGGCGGCCGCGGCAGCGGCCGGGGAACGCUGGCCUUUGGCCCUCGCGCUCGCCGACGGCGGCGCAGACCCUUCGGGCCGCAACGCAGCGGCUGCGGCGUGCGCGCGCCUGGGACUCUGGCAGCAGGCAUCUUGGCUGGUCGCUGAUGGCCUGGUGCCAGAUACCAUCGGUUACAGCGCGUGCUUCAGCGGUUUGGCCCAAAGAGAGGCCUGGCCGGAGGCCUUGCACCUUUCAAGCCUCAUCUUCGCGACAGGUGUCCGCUUGGACCCCAUCUGCGGGAACGCCUUCCUGGCGUCCCAAGCCUGGCAGCGGGCGCAGGCGUCGCUGCGGAAUCUGCAGGCGCAGAGGUGGCAGCCCAACACCAGCAGCGCCAGCACCAUCCUCAGCUGCCUCAGCGAGCGCUCGCUUUGGGAGAUGGCAUUGGUGCGGCUGCGCGGGGAGCACGGCCAAAGUGCCGUGAACGCAGGCAUCGACGCCUGCGACAAAGGAGGGGCCUGGCGCCGAGCCCGGAUGCUGCUGCAUUCGGGCCUGGAGGUGGACGUGGUGGGCUUUAGCAGCUGCCAGAGCGCACAGGGGAGCUCCGGAGACUGGCCGGGAGCUCUGUACCUGCUGCAGCAAGGCGCCACUUCGGCGCUGCGCGGCAACGCCGUGGGCCUCGGGGCCGCGCUGGGCGCCUGCCGGGAGCAGUGGCGCUGCGCGCUGCAGCUGCAGCGCUGGGCGCGGAGAAGGCUGGAGAUCGGCUUCGUGGCGCGGCUGGCGCUGCUCAGCGCCCUGGAGUGGGGCGGCAAGUGGCGGCGCGCCUUGGGCGCCUUUGGGGCGCUGGAGGUGGAAGCUGCCUUGGGGCCCGACGCGGCCCGGGCCGCCAACUGCGGCGUGGUGGCCUGCGGCCGCGCGGCGGCGUGGCCCUGGGCUUUGCGGGUGCUCCACGAGGUGGAGGCGCGGCGCUUGCCCGUGACAGCCAUCACCCAGCAAGCGGCGCUCUACGGCUGCGAGGCCGCCCUGCAGCCGGGGCCCGCGGUGCUCAUGCUGCAGGAGCUCAACGCCAUGCCCAACACUCUCAUGGCUGGAUUUUUCGCGCGCCAAAACACUGUGGCGUUGCGCUCGGCGAGUGGGCGAGUGGGGUGGGGGAAACUGCGCAGUUGA